UGGGAGGAGAGGCGUGAGGCGAGCGGCGGAGGCAGUUUACUCUUUUUACUGACCUUUAUAGCAGGAUUUUUAUUGGAGAAAAAAACAAACUUUUACUUGCUUUUUGUAACAAACUCUGGAUCCAUACGAGAAGGAUUUACAACUUAAAUAUUUAAGUGUUUUUCUCUUCCCCUGAGUUGUGAGAAGAGUCUUCUACAUGCACUUUUGGUGGAGGAACUUUUACAAGAUGGUUUAACUCGAGAAAAGGAGGAGAUCUGCAUAAAUUCUUGCGUUUUGAAAAGAAAUAUAAAGAAAAUCCCAAUCCGUGAGACUUAAGGGGUUAAGGUCACGCUCUCUCCUCAUCGUUGAGUCAUGGCUGGGAUGUAUGGAUGCUUUAAGGGCCGAGGCAGUGACAGUGUCGCCAUGGCAUCAGGAUCUCCAGACCAGACGACCAAUCAGGAGCCAGCUGAGGUUCGGGAAGAGAGCUCAGGAAAGAAGAAAUCCAAAUUCCAGACGUUUAAAAAGUUCUUUGCGAGGAAGAAGAGAAAAGAGCCGUCAAGUGGAGGAGCAGAGGUGGGCCUCAAAGCCAGCCAGUCCAUCGACAAUGUCAGCAAAACCUUGGAGAACAACGCUCUCACUCGGUCGGAGAAGGACAAAGGAUCGGGGUCAAAGGUCAGCCUGGGUGCCAAAGCCAUGUCCCAUGACUCCGUCUUUGUUUCCGACUCAUCGGAGGCCAACGAGGCUCUGGGGGCGUCUCAGGACAGCAUUCACGGGAAAGUAAAGUCCCUGCAGAUGCAGCUGAAGCAGGCCAUCAGGCUGGGCUCGCCUCCUUCCUUGAUGUGUGUGAAAAAGAGUGAAGACGCCGCGACCAUGUCUGAGGAUGACGGCCUGCCCUGCAGUCCUCCUGAAUACACGCCGUUCCACUCGCGUCAGGAUCAGAGGAACAGUUCCAACAGUCUGCAUGGAUUCGACAGCGAUAAUGAGCAGUUGUCCUCCAGCAGAGCGGUGAGCCCCCUAGUGGUUCCUGUGGACUUCAGCCAGCCGGCCAGCCCGUUUGCCUGUCUGGAUAAUUCUGCUGCCAAACAUAAGCUGGGUUUGAGGCCCAAAGCGCACAACAGAAGGAAACCUGCCAGGCGGCUGGACGGGAAAACAGAAACAGACUCUGCAGGGGAGGAGAAGGUGGUCAUCUCCACACCAGGAGCAGAAACAAACGCUAAGGAGGAGAAGGAGGAGGAGGAGGAGAAGGAGGAGGAACGAAACCCUGAAGAUGUGAGUGAUGAUCAGCUGAAACCAAAAGUAGAGAGGAAGGCAGAAGAAGAGGAGGAAGAGGAGGAGAAACAUCAGCCAGAGGAUCCCAGACUGUCCCUGUCAGGAGGCGAGGAGGAAGGAGAGGAUGAGUCGGAAGCAGAGGCGGAUGUUUCUCACGGCCCGGACACUUCCUGCGGAGCGGAGCAGAGUGUCUCAGAGGAGGAAACCUCCGACGGCCCGCCUGAGUCCAGCUCAAGAGCCUCCCCGCUGGACCCUCCCAGGACCACACCAGAGCCCCCUGCUGGCUCCACGGAGCGCGCGACUCCAAGUACCUCCAGCUCAGAGGAGCCUGAAAGUGGCUCCACGUCGGGAGAAGAAGCUGAUUUCCAAAAGGAGGAGGAGGAGGAGGAGGAUGGAGAAAGCUCCCUUUUAGAGGAGGUGCUGAGCUCUUUAAAGACUCCCCUCAACUCCUGCUCACUGGGCAGGGAGGAUCUGGAGGAGGAAACGGAGGAUGAGGAGAAAGAAGAGGAGCAUGUUGAUAUCCAGACCACUCCUCCAAGCAUCGUCCUGUCAGAGCAGACCUCAGAGGAUCAGGAAGAUUCCCGGCAGGAAGAAGACGAUUCUGUAGAAGAAGAAGAAGAAGAAGAAGAAGAAGAAGUGGCUAAAGAAGAGGAAGAGGCACUGAAUGAAGAGGAAGAAGCACUGAAUGAAGAGGAAGAACCAGUGAAGGAAGAGGAACAUUUAGUGGUGGAGAAUUUUAACAACCAUCACGAAGAGGAAACAAAGGAAGAUGAGGAAGAAGAGGAUAAAAAUACAGCUAUAUCCUUGGAGGAAGAGGAAGAAGAAGAAGAAGAGGAAUUCAUAAACUUGGAGAAGGAAGAUGAGGAUAAAAAACAGGUGGAGGAAGAUGAAGUAGAACAGCAGGAGGAUGAAGAGGAAGCAGAGAAGAUGCGAGAACUGACUCCUUGUAGUCAGGAUGAGGAAGAUCAGAGAGACUCCCCUCUGGAGGAGGAAGACAAAGUGGCAAAAGUUGCCGAUGUAGAAAUUCAGCUGAUGCGGGACGAGGAAGAGGAUUUCAAUCAGAACUCAGAACAUGUGGAGGAAGAUGAGGAGGGUAAAGAAGAUGCUAGCUUUGUGGGAGAAGAGCCUGAGAAAGAGGAGGAGGAGGAGGAGGCGACAGUUGAGCAGGAAGUGAAGCAGGAAGUGAAGCAGGAAGUGGAGCAGGAGUUGGAGCAGGAAGUGGAGCAGGAAGUGGAGGAGGAGGGUGAUGAUGUGACCCCUCUUUGUCCUGAGUCCCCACAGGAGGAAGUGAUCAGCCCCUCCAGCAAGACCAGCCUCUUAAGCAUCAAUCUGGUCUCCCCCAGCUCAGAAAAAGCCUUCCAAUUCUCUCCAGCGGUUGUUAGUCCUGACCACAGUGUCACGGAGUCUCCGACUGUAGAGGAGGCCGACGCUGCAACCGAGGAAGCAGCAAAAGAAGAAGAAGAAAAAUCCCCGCAGGCACCUAAAGUUUCCCCUCCUGUGACUCCACCUCCAGAGGAGACGAAGAUCCGCUUCACCAUCGCUCCUGCGUGGCAGAGGUCUCAGUGUCUAACCUCACCAGUCUGCGUCUCCUCACCCAAAGAGGAGCAGGAGGUGACUGUGAAGGAUCACGCCGCAGACGUCGAACCAGCGGUGGAUGCGGUGUUCGGUUCAAGCAAAGCGAAGGCAGCGGGGAGCCCCACUUUCAAAUCUCAGAGAGCUCCAAGUCCGGCAGCAGGGAGCGCUGCGACGACGGGUGGAAACCCAGACAAUCCCUUCGGAGUUCGACUGAGGAAGACAUCAACUCUUCUUCGCUUCAACUCAGAGGAAGAAAACCCAGAGGCUCCAGCUGAGGCUGUAAAUCCUCCAACAAGCUCGCCUCAGGUCUGCAGUAAACCCGCCAUAAGUCAGCCCGUCUGCAACAAGCCCGCCCUCCCGAAGAAACCGGAGGUCUCCACGGAGGCCGUGGGGAAGCUAAAGUGCUUCUCAGAUCCGCCUCGAGCGGAUCCUCCCAGCUGGAUUUCUGUGGCCAAACAGAAGCAGAAGAUCUACAAAGAAAACUCUCUGGAGGAGAUAACCCUCAAGAAGGAGGAACAAGAGAAAAAAUCUUCACUGCCAAGCAAAGAACCCAGAAGCAAGGCGGCAGAAUCCAGCAUCCAAGUGGUUAAACCAGAGAACUUCAAGCCAUCGGUGUCUCCCGAAAAAGACCCCAAGAGGGCGCUCUCCCCUCAAACUCCUGCACCUUCUCAGCCUUUCAAAUCCCAGCUGCUCCCCUGCCCCGUUGCUCCAAAGCCACAAGUGCCCCCUCCCAUAGCAAAACAUCCACUGCCCACUCCCUCCCAAAAAUCCCUGCCACCCCCCACCCCAGUCCCAGUUCACUCAAAACCUCCCAGUACACCCCCCUCCAAGCCCACCCCCACCCUUCAAAUCACUCCAGCCCCCUUUGUGUCAAGAACCACUCCUGAAAAGUCUCCAUCCAGAUCUGCUGGACCCCCCGGACAGCGGGGUCUACCGGCCCCGGCUCUGCCCCAGGACGAGCCCCCCUGGAUGGCGUUGGCAAAGAAGAAAGCCAAAGCCUGGAGUGAAAUGCCGCAGAUCGUCCAGUGAUGGGCUGGAUAGACCACAAUGCAUUGCACAUUUGAUCCAAUCAUGAUUGUGACAGCUGAUCAUUUCAACGGCUUUGCACUCAUCUUGUUCAAAAGUCGCCUUUUCUGAGCGUUUCAACUCAAUAUUCCUUUCUUUAGAGGGUUAAACGGUGCCUCAACAUAACAAACGUGUCGUCUCACAACAAUAAACACAAACUUUUAUGUAACUAACCACAUGACCUAAAGAAAAGACCAGUCAGAAAAGGGAAAGCAAAGUAUUUUAUGAAAUAACUUUAUUGACAAAGUAGGUUAGGAACAAACGGGCAGAGUAAAUAUUGUUAUCAACACUUUUGUGUUGAGAAUGAACGUCUCUGCCUGUGAGUGCUUUUAUUUGAUUGCAGCCGUUUCAGCCGCCAUUUCCUCUCAACUCAAUUUCCAUAUUAUCCUUUGUGUCCAAAAGUUUUUGUAAAAUAUAUUUUAAAUGUUCUUUAUUAAUAUUUUUGUUGCCAUCUUGUUUUGUUCUGAAUACACAACUCCCCGUUAUGUUUUGCAGACAUUUAGAAUUGGAUUUCAGAAGCAUAAACUCACUUCCUUGUUUUUUUUAUUUCUUGAUGCAAAGGAACCUGUUAUGGAAAAAUCCUGAUUGUUCUGUAUCAUUUAAACGUGUCUUUAAAGUAACUCUACGUGUUACAAUUUUUAUUUUGUAUUUGGAGAAUGUCUCUUGUACAUAAAAUGUACAGUAAAGAAUGAAUGAAAUCACA